UUAUUCCCCAUCAACAAUAUUUUUCUGAGAAGGACACUCGUCCCAUUCACAAAUAUAGUGGAACUUGAUGCUACUGAUAUCAUUCCAAGUGUCAUAGUGUUCUUUCUUCGUGUUCAUGUUAACAUUGUGAUUUUCAUUGCCUCCCAUAUCAUUUGGUUCACUUCCAAACCAACUCCUAUAUGUGCAGUUUUCACCGCUCAACCACUCCCAUUGGUUUCGAUCUAUGUGAUUACGCACCAGUCCAAUCCAGACUGA